AUGGCGCGGAUCCCCCCGACGGGCCAGUUUCGAUUCCGGGCACCUCAUCAGCCUGCUCAACCCUUUAAAUUUACAAUUUCCGAAUCCUGUGAUCGGAUUAAGGAAGAGUUUCAGUUUUUACAGGCUCAAUAUCACAGUCUGAAGCUGGAAUGUGAGAAACUCGCCAGUGAGAAGACUGAGAUGCAACGGCAUUAUGUCAUGUAUUACGAAAUGUCCUAUGGGUUGAAUAUAGAAAUGCACAAGCAGGCAGAGAUUGUCAAGAGGCUGAAUGCUAUCUGUGCACAAGUCAUUCCUUUCCUGUCCCAAGAGCACCAGCAACAAGUGGUGCAGGCUGUGGAACGGGCCAAGCAGGUGACCAUGGCAGAACUGAACGCCAUCAUUGGGCAGCAACAACUCCAGGCUCAGCAUUUAUCACAUGGACAUGGGCUGCCGGUGCCUCUGACUCCUCACCCUUCUGGACUCCAGCCUCCUGCCAUUCCACCCAUUGGUAGCAGUGCCGGCCUUCUGGCUCUCUCCAGCGCCCUGGGAGGCCAGUCCCACCUUCCGAUUAAAGAUGAGAAGAAGCACCAUGACAAUGAUCACCAAAGAGACAGAGACUCCAUCAAGAGCUCUUCGGUAUCCCCAUCAGCCAGUUUUCGAGGUGCUGAGAAGCACAGAAACUCCACAGACUACUCAUCAGAGAGCAAAAAGCAGAAAACAGAAGAAAAAGAAAUUGCAGCUCGUUAUGACAGUGAUGGAGAGAAGAGUGAUGACAACCUGGUGGUGGACGUUUCCAAUGAGGAUCCUUCUUCCCCUCGAGGGAGCCCAGCACAUUCCCCAAGAGAGAAUGGCCUGGAUAAGACACGCCUGCUCAAGAAAGAUGCCCCCAUUAGUCCAGCCUCAAUCGCAUCUUCCAGCAGUACUCCUUCCUCCAAAUCCAAAGAACUUAGCCUUAAUGAAAAAUCUACUACUCCUGUUUCAAAGUCCAAUACCCCUACUCCACGAACUGAUGCGCCCACCCCAGGCAGUAACUCCACUCCUGGAUUGAGGCCUGUCCCCGGAAAACCACCAGGAGUUGACCCCUUGGCCUCAAGCCUAAGGACCCCCAUGGCAGUUCCUUGUCCAUAUCCAACCCCAUUUGGGAUUGUGCCCCAUGCUGGGAUGAACGGAGAGCUGACCAGCCCUGGAGCGGCCUAUGCCGGCCUGCAUAACAUCUCCCCUCAGAUGAGUGCCGCAGCCUCCUGCGGGGUGGGGGCCCCCGCCCCGGCCCCCCCCGCCGCUGCCGCCUAUGGGAGAUCACCAGUGGUUGGAUUUGAUCCACACCAUCACAUGCGUGUCCCAGCAAUACCUCCAAACCUGACAGGCAUUCCAGGAGGAAAACCAGCGUACUCCUUCCACGUUAGCGCAGACGGUCAGAUGCAGCCUGUCCCCUUCCCCCCUGAUGCCCUCAUUGGACCUGGCAUUCCCCGACACGCUCGCCAGAUCAACACCCUCAACCACGGGGAGGUGGUGUGCGCGGUGACCAUCAGCAAUCCCACGAGACACGUGUACACGGGAGGGAAGGGCUGCGUCAAGGUCUGGGACAUCAGCCACCCUGGCAACAAGAGUCCUGUCUCGCAGCUCGACUGUCUGAACAGGGAUAACUACAUCCGUUCCUGCAGAUUGCUCCCCGAUGGGCGCACCCUAAUUGUUGGAGGGGAAGCCAGUACCUUGUCCAUCUGGGACCUGGCGGCUCCCACCCCUCGCAUCAAGGCAGAGCUGACGUCCUCGGCCCCCGCCUGCUACGCCCUGGCCAUCAGCCCAGAUUCCAAGGUCUGCUUCUCCUGCUGCAGCGACGGCAACAUCGCCGUGUGGGACCUGCACAACCAGACGCUGGUGAGGCAAUUCCAGGGUCACACCGAUGGAGCCAGCUGUAUUGACAUUUCUAAUGAUGGCACCAAGCUCUGGACAGGUGGUUUGGACAACACGGUCCGGUCCUGGGACCUGCGUGAGGGCCGGCAACUGCAGCAGCACGACUUCACCUCACAGAUUUUUUCCCUGGGCUACUGCCCAACCGGAGAGUGGCUUGCAGUGGGGAUGGAGAACAGCAAUGUGGAAGUGUUGCAUGUCACCAAGCCUGACAAAUACCAGCUGCAUCUUCACGAGAGCUGUGUGCUCUCACUCAAGUUUGCCCACUGCGGCAAAUGGUUCGUAAGCACUGGAAAGGACAACCUUCUGAAUGCAUGGAGAACACCUUAUGGGGCCAGCAUAUUCCAGUCCAAAGAAUCCUCAUCGGUGCUUAGCUGUGACAUCUCUGUGGAUGACAAAUACAUUGUCACUGGCUCUGGGGACAAGAAGGCCACAGUUUAUGAAGUUAUUUAUUAAGGACAAAUCUUCAUGCAAACUGGACUCCUCUCCUUGUAGCACUUUGCUCUCUCAUCCUUUUUGUUCACCCCUGCCCCCGCAUCUAAAACCAAGGAUUUCAAAUACUCAUUGCAGUUGUGGAGUUCAGUUCCCUUCUUUAAUCCCACUUCUACUUGCUAUUAAAUUGUGAAUACUCAUUAAGAACCUGUGAUACCAAAUCUUCAGCUAUCUACUUGGAAGAACAUGGAAUAAGCAUACUUAACAGUGAACGGGAUCUUUAAUUAUGUAUUAUAUCUGUAAUAUAUUUAUUUUGUUUAAAGAAGGCUUUCUAACAAUGACUGACUAAAUAAAGCUGUCUGCUCCUGCAUUGAUAAUGAAGGUGCGUUGUAUUUGAUACCCCUCCCCCCCUUUUUUUGGUAAAGGAGGGGAAAGGAAGGUUUAAAAUAAUAGAUUAAAAAUGUCACUAAAUGUAGACUAAUGACUGUAUAGAGAUGUGAAAUGUAUAAUUACACAUGGAAGCAAUAUGUUGCUGUAUUAUUACUGGGUUUAUUUUUAUCUCCUGCUUAUUUUAAAGACAUUUGGAAAUUUGGCCAAACAAUGAAACUAUGACCGUCCAAGUCAUAUUAAUUUGAGUCUUUUUAGACAACUUUAACCAAUAUAUCUAUAGUUUUAGAUUAUAUUCAGUAAAAGUCAUUGGAUUUUUUUUUUUUUUGGACUUGUUGACAAGUGUCUUUGUAAUAUGUUUUUAAACCCCCUGGUUUUUUUUUUUUUUGUUUUUUUUUUUUUUACUGUAUUAUAGACAGGAAAACAAAUUAAACUGGGCCUCAAAGAGAGAACUUAAUCCCUUCUGGGUAUUUUUGCCACCUCUCUUUGUAAAGGGUGGUGUGUAUCUUUGGGCAAUUUUGUUGUUAUGAGAAAUGAUAGGCUAUUUUGUGGCAUGCUCUCUGGGAGCUGCACUGAUAUAGGGAGGGCUCCCACCGCUGUGCAA